GAUGUUCGGGAGAUGCUUUGUGAAGCUCUCAGUUGGAUUCAAGCUCCUCGUUUUCUCUUCAUUUGCUCGGAACGUACAUGUGUUUCUCCCUCUGGUGCGGUUGUUCCGUUGCUGAGCAAAACAGAGGAAUACCAGUACCUAUGGAAAAGGCUCCAUUCCAAACGGCCUUAAAUUUUUUCGCUCGGUUGUUGGCGAAAGCUGGGUUAUGCGGUUUCUCGAUGUCCCGUGGCUGUUGUCUUUGUGAUUUCUUUGCAGGGUUGGGUUCUGGGCUGCGUACUGGCGUUAUCUCAGCCGAUCUUUCAGUUCUUGGAGAAGCCACUCGGUUGUCUUUUUUUUUAUAUUCUGAAUUGGGAAGUGGUGCGGAUAUGAAUCAUAUCAUAGUUUGCGCUAGGAAUAUUUUACGGUUUACCAAGCCGUAAUAUACCAUUUUCUUGUUUUGUAGUACUAAAAUUUAUCUGAAUAUCACCGAAGAACCGAUCAUAAGCUAUAUUUAUCAAAAAGAAACUUACCUUGUUUAGCAGUACCCGCCAGGUGUGAACUUUAUCCUGUUGCAUCUGCAUUAGUACUUGGUAGUUCCUACUAUGCAUAUCUCUUAUGUUAAUGUGGUAUUUUGGGCGGCUGCAUUCUUCGUCGUUUUUGGUUUAUUGUGUUGAUUAACCUAUUUAUGUUGUUCAAUUGCCUUCUGAGGUUAUUUGCCAGCUAUCUUUUUCGACAAUGGCUCUUGUCAUAUUGACGUUUGCUGGAACUUUGUAGCGAAGGAAUUACUGAGGAACUUCAAUUGCAAUUUUCGUUGAUGCAGGAAUUCGUGAAUAUUCCGGUAUAAAUUCUUGCAAGGAUGGGAGUUUACCUCAGCACUCCAAAAACCGAGAAGCUCUCUGAAAACGGGGAAAAUGAUAGACUUAAAUUUGGUCUUUCAUCUAUGCAAGGAUGGCGAGCAAGCAUGGAAGAUGCUCACUCUGCAUUGCUAGAUCUUGAUAGCGAUACAGCAUUCUUUGGCGUUUUUGAUGGCCAUGGAGGAAGAGUGGUUGCCAAAUUCUGUGCGAAAUAUCUGCACAGUCAAGUUCUCAAAAGUGAAGCCUAUUCAGCUGGUGACCUAGGCACUGCUGUCCAUAGAGCUUUCUUCAGAAUGGAUGAAAUGAUGCGAGGACAGAGAGGCUGGCGAGAACUAUCUGCACUUGGAGAUAAGAUAAACAAGUUUAGUGGUAUGAUAGAAGGGUUGAUUUGGUCUCCAAGGGGCAGUGAUAAACAACAAGAUGAUUGGGCUUUAGAGGAGGGACCUCACUCUGAUUUUGCUGGGCCGACAUGUGGGAGUACAGCAUGUGUAGCACUAAUAAGAAAUAGCCAAAUUGUUGUGGCAAACGCUGGUGAUUCCCGGUGUGUUAUUUCAAGGGGUGGGCAGGCAUACAAUCUAUCAAGGGACCACAAACCGGAGCUCGCAGCCGAGAGAGAAAGAAUACUAAGUGCGGGGGGUUUCAUCCAUAUGGGACGAAUAAAUGGAAGUUUAAACUUGACAAGAGCAAUUGGAGAUGUGGAAUUUAAACAGAACAACUUCUUACCCCCUGAGAAGCAAAUUGUGACAGCAAAUCCUGACAUUAACGUUGUGGAGCUUUGCGAUGAUGACGACUUUCUUGUUGUAGCAUGUGAUGGCAUUUGGGACUGCAUGUCAAGCCAACAGUUGGUGGAUUUCAUCCAUGAGCAUAUAAACACAGAUAGCAGUCUGUCUGCCGUGUGCGAAAGAGUGCUUGACAGAUGCCUGGCUCCAUCAACAAUCGGUGGAGAAGGGUGCGAUAACAUGACCAUGAUCUUGGUGCAGUUCAAAAAGCCAGUCAACCGGAACAAAAAGGCCGAAGUGGCGGAGCAAUCUGCCGGCAACGCAAAUGGGGCUGAGAUUCGCGUUGCCGAGGAUAAUGGUUCUUGACGCACGCAAGGAUGCAAACGGCUGCUUUCCGAAGCGAAGAAAUGUGUAUUGUACAUAUCCCAACUGUAUGUGGCAUGCUGUGAACAUCCUGCCUGAGAACCUCAGAUAAUGUCAUUGGGUGCUGCAAUGGCGAAUUUCCUGUUGGCAGUUUGGCACCUGUCGUGCAAAAGUCGAUGAUCCCAGUUGCAGUUUCGAUCGAUCGUCGACACGACGACACUCCCCUCUCAACUGCAGCGAAGUUGUGUAUAUUCAGUGUCCGUUGCUGGAAAUACUAUUAUAUGGGUGCGGUGCACUGUUUUGUGGUGUAAUGUUGGUCGUGCUGUAAACAUGUCGAGUUCCACGGCUAGCUAGUUGGGUUGUGCUUGUGAUCAUGUGUCUCGUCACAUCUGAUUCCUUCCAGUUUGUGUGUUUGCAUUGCCACCGUUGGAUCCACUGGUCGGGGGUGCAGUGGUACCUGUUGAAUCCUGGCUGUAGCGCGUUUGUGUGUGUGAUUGUCAGUUGCAACUGCAAAGUGUUCCUGUGUUGAUGUAGGAGUAAUUGUUCUUGAGAAUUGCUAAUUCGUAGUACUGCCUUAGGCGACUA